AUGGCUGGGCCGGAGGUUCUGGACUGGCAGAGCAAGUGCGGCUGGAAGAAGCCGGAGCCCCUCCAGCCCAAGAAGGCAGCUGCACCGCAGUGGCACGAGCACCGGGCCGAGCCUGCGCCUGGGGCGGAGAUCGUGCCCAAGGCUUCCAGGGUCACCCUGCCAGUGUUCGUGCCCAACCGCCCUUCUGCGGAGGACAUUGACAACUGGGACGACGGGGAUGACGAGGCAUUUGCAGGAGAAGUCGUGAGCAACUCCAAUAAUGCCGAUGAAUGGUGGUCAUCAUCCAUACCAGAUUGGUGGCAGAAGGAUGCAGCUGCAAAGGCUGUGCCGAAGACUCCGCCUGAAAGACCAGGCUGGACAGAGACCUGGACCAGACCGGAAAGUGCGGUUGACUCCUGGGCAGGCGGAGCUCAAGUUCAGGAGCCGGAAGGUUGGUGGCCGACUGCGGCUUCCCAGGAUGUGAGGCCUGAUGGGCACGUGGUGGUGCCUCCCUGGAGAGCCGAUUCGCCGGAAGAGCGGCCGCCUGGCUACUACGAUGUGCUCCAAACUGCGCGUCCCAAGAGCAAGCCGAAGGUGGUGCCUGCACUUCUAGCGCCCCCGGCCAAGGAGGCGAUGCCUUGCGAGGCAAAACCUGUGUUGCCAAAGUGCAAAGGUGAGCCCGAAAAGGCGCGGCCAGUGACCGCAAAGCCGCCGAGUCCUGGCGGGCAGGCUCCGGCAAAGGGUUUGGAGCCGCCCCACACUCCGCGGAAGCCGCCGGAGAAGGUUCAGAAGAUUCUUGAGAAGCCGCCGGUGAAGGCCCCUGAGAAGUUUCUCCAGAAGCCUCCGGAGAAGGCUUUUGAGAAGCCUCCCGAGAAGCCCGCAGAGAAACCUGUGGAGACGGAGGAGCCAAAACAAGCUUCCCUGAUCAUCGACAUAGAUGAGGGAGAAGUGAAGGCCACGGCCAAAGAGCCGGCCAGGAAAGUGCGCCCGCUGCCGAAGCCAGUUGCCGUGUCCAGCGCCAUCAAUUUAGAGGAUGCGGACAACGGGAAGCUGAAUUCAGGCAAGGCGGUUCCGCUCGCGAAGUCUCCUGUCGAGCUGAAACCAGUUCCAGCCGCGAUGAAGGCACCGCCUGCGGCGGCCUUGCCGGCCACGCCAGCUGCCAGUCCGGCAAAGCGCCCCAGCCGGGUGCUGCCAAAGCCAAAGGUGGUGGAGGAGAAGGCAGCAGUCGACGCGGCCGUGAGCAAACCACCUUUCUUUGACUGGGUGCUGCUUGCGAAGAUCGACUCCAUUUUGUUGGGUUCUGAAAGCAACUUCUUCGUGAACAGAGAAGAAGAUGGGAGCCGCAUCCCUGGCAGCAAGUCCGAGCUCUAUGAGAGCAGCGGAUCUGAGGAGGAAGAAGAGGAGGAGGAGGAUGACAUGCAUGAGAGCGAGGAGUCAGAUGAGGAAUCUGAUGCUGUCGUGGACCCUGUCAAAAUCCUCGAUGAAGCAGGAGGACCUGAGCAGGAUGACUUGGAGGAAGAAGAGGAGGAAGAGGAGGAGGAGGACGUUGAAGAUGACCAGGAGCGCAGAGUUGAGGAGGCCGCGGCCGCCGCGACCACCAGGCCGAAGGCCAAGGCCGGCAGGGCUCCCAGCGGGCCGCCGCCUCCCAAGGUCCCUCCAAAGCCGCCUCCCCCGCCGAGACGGGAGGGACGGGAGGCGAAGCCGCCCGCCCAGGAGGAUGUGCCUGUGACGCUGGUGCCAGCGGCGGAACGGCGAGAGGACAGCGGCCACGAGGAGGAGGAGGACUUCAACGAUGAGGAGAUGAUGGCCACCUUUGCUGCCAAGCUUCAGGAGCCGCUAGAGGCAAGACCUGAAGGCAGGGGGAGGAGCCGGGCCCCAACAUCGCGACCAGAGCCAAGGCGAAGCCGAAGCCGAAGGCCUGGGGAGCGCCGCCGCCCCUGUCGGGCAAGAAGAAGGAAGUGGAAGUGA